GGCUGCUGCUGCGUCCUCCGUUUCCCCAGCUCCCCAGGCUCGCUGCAAUGAUCCACAAUGUGGGCACCCAGCUGCGAAGGGGCCUUGCCUCUGUGUUCUCCAGCCGCUCUUCCCGCAAGUCAAUCUCGCAUGCAGAGAAUCACAGUGAUGCCAUGGCGGACGGCCAGGGGUACCGGAACCCCACAGAGGUACAGAUGAGCCAGCUGGUGCUGCCCUGUCACACCAACCAGCGUGACGAGCUGAGCAUCGGGCAGCUGCUCAAGUGGAUCGAUACCACGGCCUGCCUGUCUGCUGAGCGGCAUGCGGGUUGCCCCUGUGUCACAGCCUCCAUGGAUGACAUCUACUUUGAGCAUACCAUCAGUGUUGGACAAGUGGUGAAUAUCAAGGCCAAAGUGAACCGGGCCUUCAAUUCCAGUAUGGAGGUGGGGAUUCAGGUGACCUCAGAAGACAUGGGCUCAGAGAAGCAAUGGACUGUGUGCAAGGCUUUGGCCACCUUUGUGGCACACCAUGAACUCACCAAGGUAAAGCUGAAGCAGAUCAUCCCUCAGACAGAGGAGGAGAAGACGGAGCACGGCGUGGCAGCUGAGCGCAGGCGUAUGCGGUUGGUCUAUGCAGAAACCAUCCAGGACCUUCUGGCCAGCUUCCCCAUUAAGGACGACAUGGAGAACAGAGACUGCAGCCACAUGGUGCCUGCCGAGAAGACCUACGUGGAGAGUGUGGAGCUGGUCCUACCCCCCCAUGCCAACCACCAGGGCAACACUUUUGGGGGUCAGAUCAUGGCUUGGAUGGAGAAUGUGGCCACCAUCGCAGCCAGCCGCCUUUGCCGGGCCCACCCGACGCUGAAGGCCAUUGAGAUGUUCCACUUCCGAGGCCCAUCCCAGGUUGGGGAUCGCCUGGUGCUCAAGGCCAUUGUGAACAACGCCUUCAAGAACAGCAUGGAGGUGGGUGUGUGCGUGGAGGCCUAUCGUCAGGAGGCUGAGACUCAGCGACGCCACAUCAAUAGCGCCUUCAUGACCUUUGCAGUUCUGGAUGCAGAUAACCAGCCUCGGAAGCUUCCCUGGAUUCGGCCCCAGCCUGGGGAUGGGGAGCGGCGCUACCGGGAGGCCAGUGCUCGGAGGAAGAUCCGCCUGGACAGGAAGUACAUCGUGUCCUGUAAGCAGACGGAGAUGCCACUUUCAGUCCCCUGGGAUCCUAGCAACCAGGUGUACCUGAGCUACAACAAUGUCUCAGCCCUGAAGACACUUGCAGCCAAGGAUAACUGGGUUCUGUCUGCGGAGAUCAACCAGGUGCGCUUGUACACUCUCGAGGAUGACAAGUUCCUUUCCUUCCACAUGGAGAUGGUGGUGCAGGUGGAUGCCGCCCAGGUCUUCCUACUGCUCUCGGACCUGCGUCGGAGGCCUGAGUGGGACAAGCACUACCGGAGUGUGGAGCUUAUCCAGCAAGUUGACGAGGACGACUCCAUCUACCACGUGGUCAGCCCUGCCCUGAGCAGUGAUGCCAAACCCCAGGACUUUGUGAUCCUGGCCUCUCGAAGGAAGCCUUGUGACUGCGGGGAUGCCUACGUCAUCGCCUUGAGGUCUGUCAUGCUGCCCACACAGCCUGAGACACCGGACUACAGUCGAGGAGAAACCCUUUGCUCGGGUUUCUGCUUCUGGCGUGAGGGGGACCAGAUGACCAAGGUGUCUUACUACAACCAGGCCACCACGGGAUUAGUCAACUACCUGACCACCAACGUGUCCGGCCUCUCUUCAGAGUUCUUCUCCACCUUCAAGGCUUGCGAGCAGUUCCUCCUAAACAAUCGCAACGACUUGGCCCCCAGCCUCCAGACCCUCUAGCACGCCCCCACCCAGGAGACUCCAUCUCGCUCCCCAUGACACUCAGAUGACUUGUGAAUGUAGGCGCAGCCUUUAUUCCACCCCACCUUCCCCACAAAAGCGGAGACCCAGGCAGGGGUCAGUGUCCCCGCAGCUUCGUCAACAGGUCCUUGCGGAGAGCCUGGGGCAGCUUGAAGUAAACCCGAGUCCUGUCCACAUUCCUUGCUGCCUGCAGCGCUGCCCACACUUUUGCAUCGUCUCCUUGCUCGGGGCCCAGAUCCACUGUCACAGUGGCCCGGGGGGAGGCUGCCAGCAGCCUGGCCACUGGGACAGCCCUGCUCCAGCUCAGUGGCCCGGCCUGCAGCUGGAAGGAUAUAGGCUGCCGGAGGCCCCGGCACAACUCCAGCAUGUCUGAUAUCAGCUGCUCUUGGUAGCCAGCGUCCAGCACCUCCUCCGGCCAGCUUGGAGCCACCG